GCACAUAACCUCACAUCCACAUUGUGAAUAUCAUCAUCGUUAGAGAUAUUUGAAACAAGUCUUUUAACCCAUCACCGGGGAAUUCAACUAUGUCGUCAGAGGAUAGACAGCCACUUCUUCGGCGCCCGCUCUCGAGAGAGUGGAGGCCGAGCAAUCCUUUCGCAAACUUCAGUGUCCGCGCCCCGUCCAUCCUUUCGCGCAAUAGUAGCUCCAACGCUGUAGAUAAGGGCAAGGAAAAGGAAAAGGACAAGGACAAGGACAAGGACAAAUACAAGCUCAGAAUGCCGACGCCUCCUGCUGAUCCCACCCCGGCAACUAAAAGAGAGCAGGAAGGCCUGAUGAAUUCUCACCACAGCCAACUCAAAUUUCUUGCCCAGCGGAUCAAGUUGAUCAACGAGUUCAUGGAUAUGGACACGGUCAUGUUUGAGCGCCUCAGAAAGGAAAAUGACCGGUCAAGGGAUGCUAAAUAUAUGGAAGAACGUGUCCUUUUGCUGCACAUGUGCAAGGAUACAUUUGUCAAGAUGGUGAAAUGGCAUCGUCUAGAGGCUGCUAGAUUGGGUGCCAUGAUUGCUAGUGAAGGGGAGCAUUACGUUCCGCCUUCAGAUCUUCCAAGCCCUUUCGAAUGGACGGAGUUGUUGAAAAACUGAGCUUUCUUCCCGUCUAUUCCGAAUUUCUCCGAAUAAAGACAUUCGAACUUCAAGCACCAGAGAGGCUUGAAGUAAGUGCUGCGUGGUCUGGUUUUGGUGAAAUUAAUACGUGUAAUGAAUCCUAUUGGAUCUCAUUCCUUCUGAAUUGAUAGGCAAUUUUCUUAGCUUGCUCCUCCUUGUUAGUUUCCUUUCAAGAGGGGGUUUGCAGAUUGUCUCUGCGGUUUCCAGGUGCUUCCCAGCGCACAUUGACUCGG